UUUGGAAUCAUAUAGACCGACGCCAGUUCAGUGGAUGAAUAUGCUGCCCUUUGUCGAAUAAAUAUUGUAUUAUGAUUUUUCUAACUUUCCAGUUGACUUCGUCCGUUCGAAUGCCUUUACAAUAUGCGCAUUAGAGAAACAAAUUGCGUUUCCCCAGGUAAUAAUCGUGUAAUAAGGUUUCAUCCUCUGGGAAUCACUUUCACUUUCACUGGGAUAUCAGUGAUCGUGGGAAUUUGGCCAUUUUUGAUAAAACGUCUCCAGGGACUUUUGGAAGAGCGCCAUUUUGACUUUCCCUAUGGGGAAUGUUCGAAGAAUCUAUCUACAAUUUUCGACAAUUUGAUCCCGAUAAAACACACCAGUCCUGCAGUCUGCAACUCUUUGUCAUAUUUCAUCUCGCAGAAAUUGUUAUAUAUUGUUGUAGAGAAAGAAAAACGAUAUUUCAAAUUUGACCCCAACACCCCUCUGCUCUACUCAGGUGUAGGUUUCUACAAGACGCGCGCUGAUUGGUCGAUUCGGUUCCCCUAGUCCCGCAUCACUAAUGACCCCCUGUAGGCCUCGGCGCGGACUCUGGUCCCAGAUUUCCCCACAACAGUGGCGGAAGCAGCUCGCAUUUUGCACAAGAUCCUCCGUCCUACGGCCCGUAACAACCCUGCCAGUCUCCAACGAUGUUACUAGGAGUUGCUUGGAGUAGCUGAACCGAGUUGUCGCCUGAUCCAGUGUUGUCAACAUGAAUUCUGGGCGCGGGUCGAGUCAGGACCAGUCCAGCCCCAAAGGACAAGGGUUUGGAGGAAAGGAAAUCCCUGCACUGCGGAUCCAGCCCGAAACGCCCUGUCCUCCGUCCAACAAUGCCACUCCUGUGCCCGUGUCCGUUCCAAAUGGAACACCGACGGAGAAGGAGCGAAACUUUUCCCUACCGGCGCUACCGCUACAUCACAAGCCUCUACAGAAGCACAACUCGCGCCCCUUCCCGAAUCCAUCCGGACCGACACGCAUCUCUACUGAUAAUAUCCAUCUGAAAGGAAAGAAAGAAAUGGGGUUUGGAUCGUCCUGCAUGAACCCUGGCCAGGUGUCCCACGGCGCCAUGUCAUCGCAGUCGAUCCCCAGCCCACGACUUGACCCAUUGCCGACGUCCAGCGCGAGUUACAGCCACCCGCACCACUCCCUGUCGCACCAGCAGCCUCCGGGGAACCAGGGCACGCUUCUCAGAAACAUGCCCCUCCCUCCGCCUCCGUCCCUGAACCUCCCGGCGGCGUCCCCCGCUCCCAGUGACAUUUCCAGCAUCCGGAUGACCCCGCGUGACCCCCACGGACACCACAUGAUGUCGCGCGAGGGCUCGAUCACACGCAGCUCCUCCGAAUCCGUGAAGGGAGCGUUCCUGGGCACCGCCGUGUCCAUCAAGCAGGAGUGGUCGCGGGGGCCGUCGCUGCUAACCCCUGCCAGCGGGCACGGUUCUUUGGGGAGCGAGCUCGGCGACAACUACUAUCUCCCGCCGGGAAGCUCCAUGUCGCACUACGCGACCAGCAGCAACUCCCUCUCCCCCUUCCCCAUCCCCGACUUCCCGUCCCCAGGAGGCUCGAGCUUCGCCAGCCCGCGACACUCUGCUCGAUCCUCCCUCUCCGGUCGCGGACGCAAACGUGCCUUGUCUCUCUCCCCUCUCUCCAAUGAGGGUUUAGACCUGAACAUGAUCAUAAGAACAUCUCCGACAUCCCUGGUCGCGUACAUCAAUGGGUCAAGAGGGUCGUCUGCUAGCGCGUCUCCCCAGCCCGGGAUCCCGCCUGGAGGGUACGGUCACCUGGUCGCGCGAACGAACUUGAGCAGCCCGCAGUCGCACAGCUCGGGAAACACGAGAAGCUACUUUACCACCACGCCUCUCAGCCACGCCUCACUUCCCAACGGGCACCGGCACUCUGACGAGGUCUUCGACGGUUCAUCUAGCAACCGGAUGGAGUACCUACGGAUGCAGCGGCUGGAGCAAAACGGACAUUACGGCCCCGAGAUGCAGAACAGGAUGGUCGUCACGCACCAGCAGGAUGCGCUCACCGCCGACCAGAACACCAUGCAGAUUUUCAAAACGGAGCCCAUCGACUACUACCCCCCCACGUCCGACUCCCUGGCCAUGCCGCCCCCUCCCCCUCCCCCAUACAACCAGCACCACAGAAUAUCCCAGCCUGCCCUGCAGCACGGGGACGAGUCGCCGCGCGACGGGGGGUUAGAGUACGACGAAGACGACGGAGAGUCGCCCAUCAUCUGUCGCUGGAUAGACUGCAAUAUGACAUUCACAGAGCAAGAGGAGCUGGUGCGGCACAUUGAGAAGGUCCACAUCGACCAGCGGAAGGGGGAGGACUUCACCUGUUUCUGGGCUGGCUGCCCCAGGCGGUACAAACCCUUCAAUGCUCGCUACAAGCUCCUCAUCCACAUGAGGGUCCACUCGGGGGAGAAACCCAACAAGUGUACGUUUGAAGGGUGCAACAAGGCAUUCUCUCGUCUGGAGAACCUGAAGAUUCACCUACGGUCGCACACGGGGGAGAAGCCUUACCUGUGCCAGCACGCCGGGUGUCAGAAGGCCUUCAGUAACUCGUCCGACCGUGCCAAGCACCAGAGAACACACCUGGACACGAAACCGUACGCGUGUCAGAUACCAGGCUGUACCAAGCGCUACACUGACCCCAGCUCGCUGCGAAAACACGUGAAGGCACACACGGCCAAGGAACAGCAGGCACGGAAGAAGUUGCGAGCGAACAACCUGGAGGGUGAGUUGUCGUCCGAGGUGAUGUUGAGCGAGUGCCUGACGAUCCAGCCCAUCCACCCUGUGGGGCAUGGGGACCGUUCGCCGCUGGGAGGCAGCACGUGCGACAGCGCGCUGGGACACUCGCCGCACUCCUCCAUGCCGGGGACAUCCUCCGACAUGUACCAAGGCAUGUACGGGAGCACGCACUCCAGUCGAAGCGGUACGGCGACGGGCGCGUCCAACCACAGCAGCCACCCGUCCCCCGCCAACAACACGCCCGUCCACAGUAUGAGUCCCCUGGGACCUCCGCCUCAGAUGCCGUCCAUGGAUGAAAGAGAAAGGGGUAUGGGGCACUUCUCUCCCUCCAACCACCACCCCCCGCACCACCCCCACAGCCAGGCGCGACGCAUGCCGCCGCCCAACAUGCUGCCUCCGCGGAGACCACAGCUUCCACCGCAACCUCCGCCGCAGAUUCAGGCAUCCAUCUUCAUACAAGGUUACCAUGGUAACACCAGCCAGUCGUUCCCCGCCCACCUGGGGCAGGCGCCGGUGCACGGUGACCCGGAGCGACACUCCCUCCCGCCUGUCCGCCACCACAGCCCGCGGAACCUCAUGGCCAUCCCCACGUUCGAGGAGACGCUCACGCCAGCCACCGCCACGUUCGAGCAGCUCCAGCGAGCGUUCUCCGCAAGGUCCGGCAUGUCUGGGGGUUACGAGAUGCCCGCGACUCCGUCUAUCCGAAGCCACGCCUCCGACGAGGGUAGCUUCCUCCAGCUGAACGCGGUUGACCGGUGCUACAGCCGCCAAUCAGCCGUCUACGCCGACGGGUCAUCAUGACAAGAGGAGAAGAUCUCGGAAUAACUGGCGUGAUCGGGACGAAGACGCCAUGUUUUUUUGUACAGUAUCGGAAGAAGAAGAAGACAGAGAAUCAUGUGUUGCGGAUGUGAAAUAAUGGAUCGCUUGUAAGGUUGAAAUAACAGUGAUGAUUACGUAUCGUAUUAUGUACAGUCAGUGAAAUUAUGUGUUUUACGCCAAUGAAUGUCUUUGAGGAGAGAAACUACACAGAGCUUUUUAUCUAUCCUCAGGAGAGUUAUUGUAGAAGGCGCUCCUUUGGCCUUCUGGAAAGAGACUUAAAAGAUGUACAGUAUUUGCUUAAGAUAACUCCUGAAAGGCUGUCAUAAAUUGUUUGUUGGUGUUACGGUAUUACAAGAAGUGCCUUUUAUAGCAGAGUGGAGCGUUCUCGCCAGACCAACAUGUGGGCAUCUUUGGUUGCCUUCCACUGUGUCCAGUGGUAUAAAUUUUUGUAAAAUGUGGAAAGUGCCUUGAAACGAGAAUGUCAAAAGUGCCUUGAAACAUAAAGAAAAACAAGCUGACCUUGCAUUAAACUGAUGACAUUAUGUACUUUCAUAGUUUCAAAUUUUUCUCUCAAAAUGCAGGAAAUAGCAUUUCAGAACUUGAGAAAUUCAGAAUUUUCUUGAACCAUUUUGGCACUUCCUAUUUUGUCACCCAAUUCCCCCCCCCCCAAAAAAAUGCCAUACACAUAGAACAAAUGCCAUUACAAUAUAUUUCACCGUACCUGUGGUAUGACUGAAAUAAAUGUAUGUAUAAGAACAAAUGCCCUGAACAGUUGAGCCUGGUGGGAAUGCUGGCAGAGAGUGAACAUGUAGGAAUGUCAGAGCUUGGGUUUUGAGUUCAGAUUUUGAAACUGUUGCUUGGAUGUAAAAGACUGUAUCAUGUGCCUUGGGAGUCUCGGUGUUUCACACCUUUUUUUAUCUUGAAUCAGCACAAAACCUUAACAUGUCAAAUUGAGCUGUAAGACCCUCAGUGGUCAGCUGUGGCACUAAUUUAUAUAUUUUCACUACAAAGAUUAUUUCCAAAAUGGCUUCACCAAGUAUGUGCCUUAACACGUUUUCCAGACUGAAGGUCUAGAUGUCAUUUGGACUCUAGAGGUUGACCUAAUGUGCCUAGACUUGAAAUACAUGAUGAAUGUAUCACAUAGGUCUCUAGGAUGUAAACAGGAUUUCACCUUAGUAAGUCAUAGUGGCAUUUCUAAGGCCAGUGUUUUAUUACGUUCCUUGUAUUUGUUUCAUGUGUGUAUUUCUGAAGAUGCUCUGUUCCAGUGAAAGUUAUACUUACAUGUACUUCUCUUUCUGUCUUGAAAAUCUAUUUAUCAACCCUUGAGUAUCAUGGAAAAGAGGCACUCCAACAGUUGUGCCAAGACGCACGUGUCGAAAGUUUCUUUUAAUACCCUCAAACAAAACCGAACUGUCCAAUAUUUUCUUUACUUUCUUUGUAUUCUAAUAUUUUUCUAUACCUUUUCUUACCUCAUGUCAUGUUUUUAGUGGACAAAGUCUUUGUGGAGUUCUUUCUCUGAGCCGUCAAGCCUGGAAUUCAAUGUCAAUUUCAGACUGCUUGGAAGUAAUUCUCUCCUUUUUUUGAUUGAUUGAGUACUUUUAGGGGAUUUUCUUGAAGGAGUUUAUGAAUGGCACCUUGAAGCACAAGGAAGACUUUGUCAUGUUCAAGGCGUCUCAGAUCUACUGUACAGAAUUAAGAACAUGCCAAGAUAUUCAGUAAAGAAUCAUUUGUUAACAUACUAGUCUUGUGCCAUUUGUAUGUAUUAUUUCCAUGUGUUGCUCAAGAAAUGUGAAAUAUUUGAAAAGACCUAUUUUUACUUCAGAAAUGUUGUCAGUAUAAAGUAGUAACAUGGAAGUAGUGUAUCAAGAGGCCACAUUUUGUGGCAAGAUUCCACAGGUCAUGGAAAUAAGUUGUCAAGUCCACAAAGAAACAGCCAUGUCUUGAAGACGUAUGAGCAAAGAACUUUAAGAUUUUUUUUCAAGGUUUAAGUGUGUAAUACCAGACUCCAACAGAAGACUAUAAGUUGAACGCAAAACUUCACUACAACUAUGUAAAUAUGCCAAUUAACAAGUGCGAGCCGUUUAUUGUUUCAGACGACGGAUUUCUAAGUACUGUUUUGUUCAAUGCUCUGUCUCUGCCUGUGCAUGACAGUGCGUUGUAAGAUCAUGUGUGUGCACUGACAACAUUUACUCAGUUUGCAUUUAUUUAAUCAUCUGUUUGUUUUUUGCUUGACCCAUCCAUAUAUAUGUUGAUGCCAAAAGUCAAAAGGAAAGUUGUUGAAAAUACAGAUAUAUUAUAUAUAUUAUGAUAUGUACAUCAAUGUUGGUCAACAUUGGGUUUUGCUUACCCUAGUUGGGUAGUAGAAGCGUACCAAGCUUUUAAAAAAUGGCUUUUGCCACUGUAAAUUACAAGAUAUAUUCAUACAGAGACUGUAAAACUCACUACUGUCGAAGUCUAUAGAAAAAGGCAAACCUGCAAUUACAGUUUAUCACAUGUGGUAUCUGAUAGUCUAUACAUUAUUUCUUACAGCCUAAUACUCACUCAUACUUGAAGAACUUUUAAUGUUCAGAUUCAAUAGGUCCAUUUUGUGAUGGCUGUAUUUGUGUUGUAGUCCACACAAAUUCAAUUUAAAAACUUCGGAACUGAAGUUACAUCAAGAUGAAAUUCGAGUCUGAAGGGAGAUUCCUUAGAGGAAUUACAGCAGGUGCAUAAUCCUAGUCAUCUGCAGGUUUUUCUCCCAGCCUCCAUUUUCAUCUUGUAUUGCUAACUUUUUACAUUAAACUGUUUAAACAACAGCAAGGAAAUAAAUUGGAUUUGCCUCCUUGAGCAGAAGGAACGCAUACUACACAUAUGCGAUUUGUGGAUUGCAAAGGACUUUGAAAUGGAGAGGAUUUACAGUAAGACUGUUUAAGUAACAGAUGAGAUUAUUGUAUAUACUGAACAGACACCAUUUUAGAUGCUACUCAAGCUGCUUGGCAGAACGAAAUAAACCUUGUGCAGAAUAUGA